CGAGCACGUGAGCAUGCUGGUGAUCCUGCUCAACUGCGUCACCCUGGGCAUGUUCCAGCCCUGCGAGGACGUGGAGUGCCAGUCGGAGCGCUGCACCAUCCUGGAGGCGUUUGACGACUUCAUUUUCGCCUUCUUUGCCGUGGAAAUGGUCAUCAAGAUGGUGGCCCUGGGCAUCUUUGGGCAGAAGUGUUACCUUGGAGACACCUGGAACCGCCUGGACUUCUUCAUCGUCAUGGCAGGGAUGAUGGAAUAUUCCCUGGAUGGACACAACGUGAGCCUCUCUGCCAUCCGCACCGUCCGCGUGCUGCGGCCCCUGCGGGCCAUCAACAGGGUCCCGAGUAUGAGGAUCCUGGUCACGCUGCUGCUGGACACUCUGCCUAUGUUAGGCAACGUCCUCCUCCUCUGCUUCUUUGUCUUCUUCAUCUUUGGGAUUGUUGGGGUCCAGCUCUGGGCAGGGCUGCUGAGGAACAGAUGCUUCCUAGACAGGAAUUUUGCCAUGACGUACAACCUGACUUUCCUUCACCCUUACUACCGGCCGGACGAGGCGGAGGAGAACCCCUUCAUCUGCUCCUCGCACAGGGAGAACGGGAUGCAGAGAUGCUCCAACAUUCCCAGCAGGAAGGAAUCCAAGGUGGAGUGCACCCUGAGCAUGGAGUCCUACAGCCCCAGCCUGGGUGGCCCCGAGCCCAGCAGGAACUCCUGCAUCAACUGGAACCAGUACUACAACGUCUGCAUGGCGGGGGACGUCAACCCGCACAACGGGGCCAUCAAUUUCGAUAAUAUUGGAUAUGCCUGGAUUGCUAUUUUUCAGGUGAUAACCCUGGAAGGAUGGGUGGACAUCAUGUAUUACGUGAUGGAUGCACACUCUUUUUACAAUUUUAUAUAUUUUAUAUUGCUUAUCAUAGUUGGCUCCUUCUUCAUGAUUAACCUGUGCCUGGUGGUGAUUGCCACCCAGUUCUCGGAGACCAAGCAGCGGGAGAACCAGCUGAUGCAGGAGCAGCGGGCGCGCUACCUGUCCAACGACAGCACCAUCGCCAGCUUCUCGGAGCCGGGCAGCUGCUACGAGGAGCUGCUCAAGUACAUCUCCCACAUCUUCAGGAAGGUCAAGAGAAGGACAAUCCGCCUCUACAACAACUGGCAGAGCAAACGCCGGAAAAAAGUCAACCCCAACAGCGGCGGGGGCGGCGGGCAGAGCCAGCGGAGCAGGAGGAGAAUCACCUCCAUCCACCACCUGAUCCACCACCACCACCACCACCACCACCACCACUACCACAUCAGCAACGGGAGCCCGCGGGGGCCUCGGGCCAACCCCGAGCUGUGCGAGCUGGAGCUGCAGGUGAUGAAGCCGGGCCGGCAGCUGAUGCUGCCCGCCCCGGCCUCGCCCAGGCCGCCGGGCCCGGCCGCCCCGCGCGCCGACGCCGCCGAGGCCGUGCACAGCAUCUACCACGCCGACUGCCACGUGGAGGGGCCCCCCGGCGGCUGCAAGGCCAGCGGGGGCCCUGGGGGCGGCAGAGCGGCCGGGCCGGGCAGCCACGGCAGCAUGAACUACCCCACCAUCCUGCCCUCGCCCGGCGGCAAGGGCGGCUCCGCGGCCCUGCCCAGGGCCAAGAGGAACGGCAGCUCUCCGGUGGCCGUGGUGAACAGCCCCGGCAGUCUGGGCCUGGAUUCCUACGGGAAGCUGCAGCAGCUGGUGGGAGAGCACGGUCUCUGCCGCACCCCCAGCCGCGUGUCGGGGCUGAGCUCGGCCGGGGCGCUGCCCAGCCCCGCCGGGCCCGGGCUGAGCUGCGAGCUGCAGGACUGUCCCUUCUGCGCCAGCCUCCUGGACGACCCCGACUUCGCGCUCAGCGACUCCGACAGCAACGACUCCGACAGCAACGGCGUCUACGAGUUCACGCAGGACCUGCGGCACGGCGACCACCGGGACCAGCUCCAGCAGCAGCGGGGCAGGAGGAGGAGGAAGAAGAAGAAAGCCAAGGAGAGGAACAAGGUGGUGAAGCUGUGGAAGGCGUUCGGCACCAAACUCAAGAGGAUCGUGGAGAGCAAAUACUUCAACCGCGGGAUCAUGAUCGCCAUCCUCAUCAACACCCUGAGCAUGGGCAUCGAGUACCACGAGCAGCCAGACGAGCUGACCAACGCCUUGGAGAUCAGCAACAUCGUCUUCACCAGCAUGUUUGCUCUGGAGAUGCUCCUGAAACUCCUGGCCUUCGGAAUCUUUGGCUACAUCAAGAACCCCUACAACAUCUUCGACGGGAUCAUCGUGAUCAUCAGUGUCUGGGAGAUCAUCGGGCAGUCGGACGGGGGCCUGUCCGUGCUGCGCACCUUCCGCCUGCUGCGCGUGCUGAAGCUCGUGCGCUUCAUGCCCGCCCUGCGCCGCCAGCUCGUGGUGCUCAUGAAGACCAUGGACAACGUGGCCACCUUCUGCAUGCUGCUCAUGCUCUUCAUCUUCAUCUUCAGCAUCCUUGGCAUGCACCUUUUCGGAUGCAAGUUCAGCCUGAAAACCGACACGGGAGACACAGUUCCAGACAGGAAGAAUUUUGAUUCCUUACUUUGGGCCAUUGUGACCGUGUUCCAGAUCCUCACGCAGGAGGACUGGAACGUGGUGCUGUACAACGGGAUGGCCUCCACCUCCUCCUGGGCUGCCCUCUACUUCGUGGCCCUGAUGACCUUUGGCAAUUAUGUGCUCUUCAACCUCCUGGUGGCCAUCCUGGUGGAAGGAUUCCAGGCAGAGGGAGAUGCCAACAGGUCAGACACAGAUGAGGACAAGACAUCUGCCAACUUUGAGGACGAGUUUGAGAAGCUGAAAGACCUCAGAGCAACAGAGAUGAAGAUGUACUCGCUGGCUGUCACCCCCAACGGGCACCUGGAGGGCAGGGGGGCCAUGCCCCCGCCCAUCAUCAUGCGCACGGCGGCCACCCCGAUGCCCACCCCGAAGUGCUCCCCACACCUGGACUCCCUGCACGCCCUCGGGGACUCGAGGAGAGGCAGCAACGCCUCGCUGGACCCCACGGGCUACGACCAGAAGUCCUUGUCCAGCCUCCGCAGCUCGCCCUGCGCCAACUGGGGCAGCAGCAGCAACUGGGGCAGCCGCCGCUCGAGCUGGAACAGCCUGGGCAGGGCGCCCAGCCUCAAGAAGAAGAGCCAGUCGGGAGAACGGGAAUCGCUGCUGUCGGGAGAGGGGAAGGGCAGCACGGACGACGACUCUGACGACGCCAAGUCCAGCACGCUCAGCCGGCCCUCGCUGCCGCGCCGCGCCGACUCCCUGGACUGCCGCGGCUCCCAGGAGCUGCCCGAGCUGCUGCGCGUGCCCUCGGCGCUCGGCCCCGCCGCUCUGCUGCCCGCCGACUUCCACGACUGCAACGGCAAGAUGGGCCACGGCCCCGGCGCCGAGUUCUUCCUCAGGGUGGAUGGCCACAAGGAGGACACCCUGGACUAUGAGGAUGACAUGGACGAUAGUUAUUGCUACCGGAUCCGCGCAGCCCUGGAUCCCUACAAACCCCAGUGGUGCAAGACUCACGAGGACUGGUCCCUCUACUUGUUUUCCCCACAGAACAGGUUCCGAAUGAUGUGCCAGAAGGUCAUUGCCCACAAAAUGUUUGACCACGUGGUGCUGGUCUUUAUCUUCCUCAACUGCAUCACCAUAGCUUUGGAGAGACCAGACAUCGACCCCCUGAGCACGGAAAGGAUAUUCCUAAGUGUCUCUAAUUACAUCUUCACUGCCAUCUUCGUUGCUGAAAUGAUGGUUAAGGUGGUAGCUCUUGGCUUUUUCUCUGGGGAGAACGCGUACCUGCAGAGCAGCUGGAACAUCCUGGAUGGAGUCCUGGUCUUUGUAUCCAUCAUUGACAUCAUUGUGUCCAUGGCAUCGGCAGGAGGAGCCAAAAUCCUGGGAGUGCUUCGUGUGUUGAGGCUUCUGCGCACCCUGAGACCGCUCCGAGUCAUCAGCAGAGCCCCAGGUCUGAAGCUGGUGGUGGAAACCUUGAUCUCCUCCUUGAGGCCUAUUGGGAAUAUUGUUCUCAUCUGCUGUGCUUUCUUCAUUAUUUUUGGGAUUUUAGGGGUCCAGCUUUUUAAAGGCAAGUUCUACUACUGUGAUGGCCUUGAUGUCAAAAACAUCACCACGAAGGCAGACUGCACCAACGCUCACUACAAAUGGGUCCGGAGGAAGUACAACUUCGACAAUUUGGGGCAGGCCCUGAUGUCCCUGUUUGUGCUCUCCUCCAAGGAUGGCUGGGUGAACAUCAUGUACGACGGGCUGGACGCCGUGGGCAUUGACCAGCAGCCCGUCCAGAACCACAACCCUUGGAUGCUGCUCUACUUCAUCUCCUUCCUGCUCAUCGUCAGCUUCUUUGUGCUCAACAUGUUCGUGGGGGUGGUGGUGGAGAACUUCCACAAGUGCCGGCAGCACCAGGAGGCGGAGGAGGCGCGGCGCCGCGAGGAGAAGCGGCUGCGGCGCCUGGAGAAAAAGCGCAGGAAAGCCCAGCGCAGGCCCUACUACGCCGACUACUCGCCGGCCAGGAGGUACAUCCACAGCCUGUGCACCAGCCACUACCUCGACCUCUUCAUCACCUUCAUCAUCGGCGUCAACGUCAUCACCAUGUCCAUGGAGCACUACAACCAGCCCAAGUCCCUGGAUGAAGCCCUCAAGUACUGCAACUACGUGUUCACCAUUGUCUUUGUGUUCGAGGCACUGCUGAAGUUGGUGGCCUUUGGUUUCCGGAGGUUUUUUAAGGACAGGUGGAACCAGCUGGACCUGGGCAUCGUUCUGCUGUCCAUUGUGGGGAUCACUCUGGAGGAGAUCGAGAUGAACGCUGCCCUUCCCAUCAACCCCACCAUCAUCCGCAUCAUGAGGGUGCUCAGGAUAGCCAGAGUGCUGAAACUGCUGAAAAUGGCCACAGGCAUGAGAGCUCUGCUGGACACAGUGGUGCAAGCCCUGCCCCAGGUAGGGAACCUUGGCCUACUUUUUAUGCUCCUGUUUUUUAUCUAUGCUGCCCUGGGAGUGGAAUUGUUUGGCAAGCUGGAUUGCACUGAUGAGAAUCCCUGUGAAGGCCUGAGCCGCCACGCCACCUUCACCAACUUUGGCAUGGCCUUCCUCACCCUCUUCAGGGUGUCCACGGGGGACAACUGGAACGGGAUCAUGAAGGACACGCUGCGGGAGUGCACUCGGGAGGACAAGCACUGCCUCACCUACCUGCCCGUCAUCUCCCCCGUCUACUUCGUCACCUUCGUCCUCAUCGCCCAGUUCGUCCUGGUCAACGUGGUGGUGGCAGUGCUGAUGAAGCACCUGGAGGAGAGCAACAAGGAGGCCAAGGAGGACGCAGAGAUGGACGCGGAGAUCGAGCUGGAGAUGUCCCGAGGAGCCAGCGCUGCCGGCGGGAGCAGGAGCGGGGGGGUGGCUGCGGAGAGCCGGGAGCUGCACGGGAACCAGGAGCUCAACAAAGGGCAGCACCCAGCCCUGGGCAGUGCAGCCUCCCUGAGGCCCCAGGAUUGCCAGAACCUGCUGACAGUCCGUAAGAUCUCCGUGUCCCGGAUGCACUCCCUGCCCAACGACAGCUACAUGUUCCGGCCCGUCACCCCAGCCAAGGCCCCGCUGCCCCUGCACGAGGUGGAGAUGGAGACCUACCCCUGCAAGGCCCCAAGAGGGUCCAUCUCGUCCACCCGCUCGCAGCCCGUGGGCAGCUCCUGGCUGAGGGUGCCCGGGGAGCCGCAGGGCGAGGGGAGCCCCCGGAACCCGGCGCUCAGACUGCUCUGCAGACAGGAGGCCGUUCGGACGGACUCGGUGGACGGACAGACGGCGGAGCGCAAGGACAACGUGCAGGCAGAGCCUGGAGAGCCGCAGCCAUCAGCAGAGCAGCCCCAGGGCUCCCUGAGCCCCAGCCCUCUCCAUUCCCCGCUCUCGGCCUCCCCUCCCCUCUCCCCGCCGUCCUCCCCGCUGCGGCCGCUCAGCCCCCUGGCACGGAAGCACACGUGCGGCCAGCACGGCACUGCCAGCCCCUCCAGCCCCUCCAGCCCCUCCAGCCCCGAGGGCUGCCAGGGCGAGCCCUCAGACCUGGCCGACGAGGAGGUUCGGCACAUCAACAGCUCGGCCAAAGACUGGGCAGAGGAGCACUCGGACCCCGGCAGCCGCUCCACGUCGCCCUUCACCUCCCCGGCCCCGUCCCCCGUGCCCCUCAAGAACUGCAGCACAAGCAGCCUCUCCCGCAGGGAGAAGGACUUGAAGAAGUUCUACAGCACCGACACCAAGGGCUUCCUCAGCAAGCCCAACUGGGCCGACGAGCAGCGGCGGCAUUCCAUCGAGAUCUGCCCCUCCGGCGGCGCCCCGGACUGCGGCUUCCAGGAGCCCAGCGAGGACAAGCAGCGGCCCCUCGGCCACGUCCAGCCAGAGGCCGACUACAUCCACGGAGCCAGGAGGAAGAAGAAGAUGAGCCCGCCCUGCAUUUCUAUAGAUCCUCCCAUGGAGGAUGACGGCGCGGCGGCCCCGCGCACCAAACCCUCCGAGAACACCCUGCUGCGGAGGAGAACCCCGUCCUGCGAGUUCCCGGCCUACCGAGAAUCCCUGGAGCUCCCGGAGAGCCAGGCCCUGUGCCGUGGGGAGCACCUGAGCAUCCCCAACUUCUCCUUCGAGCAGCUGGACGGCGGCUCCUUGAGCAGCCUCUCGGAGCUGCUGGACAGCGGCCAGUCCACGCCGGCCUCCGUGGACUCGCGGCCGGACGCGGAGCUGAAAAACACGGAGCACUUAAAAACUCAGCGGGGCAGCGGCGAGAGGAGCAAAGAGCAGCUGGGCACUGCCAAGAGCCCCCUGCGCCAGCAGGACUCGGGCCCCGUGACUGUCGCCACAGAGGAUGGCGCAGAUGACCCAGUAUAGCUGCUGGGAUGGGGGACAGGGGGGUCUCAAGGGCUUGUCACCCGUGGGGGGUUCCAAAGCGAGGGGACCGAGGGCCGUCCCCUCCCUGCGGUCACUCGUUGGGAAGCGCUGUGGAAGUUUGCAAAAAAAACCACACACACACACACAGGAGAAAGAAAAAGAGA